CACAGGGCGAGGGCAGCUGGGUGCCCAGGCUUGGGUCGCAGGACUGCAGAGCCAGGUGCCACACAGGUGUGGGGCCCGUGCACCAAGGAAGACCCUGGCCAGCUGGAGGAGACUUGCCGGGGAGCAGAGCCCGGCCUCUGGGGUCCUGCGUUCUGGGCUGCAAUGAGCUCUGCCUCCAGCGAGCCUGGCAAUGGGGAUGCCUCCCAAAAGCCCCUACUGGGGCUGGACGUCGUGAUCCAGAGACUGGAGGACACCAUACUGAGUCCCACGGCCAGCAGGGAAGACCGGGCACUGACCGUGCGUGGGGAAGGCCGGCGGGCCUCACCCACCCCCGUGCCCGCCCACAUCCGUGAGAUCGUGGCCAGCAGCCUGAGUGAGGAGCCACCCCAAGCAGGGGUACGGGAGCCGACAGCCACCACGGCCCGCGUGCAAGAGGAGAACGAGCUCCUGCAGGAGGAGCUGACCCGGCUGGGGGACCUGCUGGCCCAGGCCGGCGCCGAGCGAGAUGAGCUGGCCAGCAGGUGCCGUGUGGUCAGUGAGCAGCUGCAGGCCCGGUUGGAGACCACUGAGGCUCAGCUGCGGAGGUCGGAGCUGGAGCACAGCGUGGAUCUGGAGGAGGCCCUUGGCCGUCUGGAGGUUGCUGAGGAGAGGAGCACUGGCCUCUGCCAGGUGAACGCGCUCCUGCGGGAGCAGCUGGAGCACAUGAAGAAGGCCAACGACGCGCUGGCCCGGGAGCUGGCUGGGACGACGGGCAGCGUGCAGCGCCUGCAGGGCGAGCUGGAGCUGAGGCGCUGGGCCCAGAGACAGCCCUCCAGCAAAGGGGGCCUGGACGCCCAGCCCCUGCAUGCUACGGGCACCAUGGGCAAGGAUUUCCCCAGGAAGAGGGGCCCCCCCGAAGAUGUGCUGUGCCAGAGUCAGCUUCCAGGCUGCCUGGAUUCUGACUGGCUCCCUAUCAAGACCCGGCCAGGGGGCCUGGGGAAGCCCCGGGACCUCCUUCUCCUGUGGAGACAGGCCGUGGUGCUGGGGACAGACCUGGCAGAGCUGCGAGCAGCCACUGAGAGGGGCCUCGCUGACCUGCAGGCAGACACGGCCAAGACAGCCCGCCGCCUGCACACUGCCUGCCUGAACCUCGACUCCAACCUGCGACUGUCGGCCAGCAGCACGGCCAGCACCCUGGGGCAGCAGCUUCGGGACAAGGUUGGGGAGAUGCUGCAGCUGCAGGUCCGCUGGGACACAGAGAAGGUGGCGCUCCAGGCCAGACUCUCGGAGCAAACGUUGCUGGUGGAGAAGCUCACAGAGCAGAAUGAGCAGAAGGCGAGGACCAUCGCUGCCCUCAGAACCGACCUGCAGAACCUGGUGGCCCAGGAGGACGCCCAGUGCCUGGAGCUGUCAUGGAGCAGCAUCACUGAACUGGGGGAGCCACGGCACCCAUUGAGGAGCCCCCAACGUGCCACAUCCCCCCAUCAAGGGGCGUCCCCACCACAUACCCACUCCCCGGCCACCCUGGACCCUGUACUGCAGGCUGUGCAGGCAGCCAUCGAGAGGCGGCGGCGGCGGGAACAGGAGCUGUGCCUGCAGCUGGAGUCCUCCCAGGCAGUGGCAGCCGGGCUCCGGGAGCAGCUGUCCGAGUGCUGGCAGGAGCUGUGGGCUGCACAGAAGCUCCAGCAGGAGCGGGCUCGGGAGCAGGCACGGGAACGAGAGGCCCUUCGGGGCCAGCUGGAGGCCCAGAGGCUUGAGGUGCAGCAGUGCCGGGCGUCCUGCAAGCUCCUGGGGAGGGAGAAGGCUGCUCUGGAGAUGGUGGUGGAGGAGCUGAAAGGGAAGGCAGACGCUGCAGAUGUGGAGAAGCAGGGGCUGGAGGCCGAGGCCACGGAGCUACAGAGAAGCCUCCUGCUGCAGGCAGAGCGGAGGGAGGAGCUGGCUCUGCAGAGGGAGCGGAGCUGCAGGGCACUGGAGACCAGUCAAGGCCGCCUGCAGCAGCUGGAGGAGAAGGUCUCUGGGCUCAGAGAGGAGCUGGCAUCAGCCCGGGAGGCACUGAGCACAGCACAGCUGCAGCGGGAUGUCGUGGAGAGCGAGAGGGAGGGCUUGCGCAGCGCCCUGGCGCGGGCCGAGUGCAGCAAUGCGGACCUGGAGCUUCUUGUGAGGCGGCUGAAGUCAGAGGGAGUGGAGCAGAGGGACUCGCUGGCUGCAAUGGCCGCCUUGAUGGAGGCGCUGGCUCAGGACAAAAGUGACCUGAACCACCUGACCCUGCAGCUGGAGCAGGAGCGGGACCAGCUGCGGGAGCAGCAGAAGACUCUGGAACAGGAGCAGGUCCGGGCCAGGGAGCAGCUGGCACAGGCGGAACAGCAGCUGGUGCUGGAGCGGGCAGAGUGCAGGGGCCUGCAGCAGGCCUGUGGGCGCCUGGAGCAGCAGCAGGAGCAGCUAGAGGGGCAGGCAGCCCUGCUGGGGCAAGAGAAGGCCCAGCUCCAGGACCAGGUGGGCCAGGUCACAUGCCAGAAACAGGCCCUGGAGGAGAAGCUGGCUCAGAGCCUGCAGGACCAGGAGGCCCAGAUGGACACUCUGCAGCAGGCCCUGCAAGACAAGGAUGCUCUGUCUGAGGAGCGGGCCCAGCUGCUGGCCAAGCAGGAGGCCUUGGAAAGGCAGGGCCGGCUUGCAGCUGAAGAGGCAGCUGAUCUCAGGGCGGAGAGGGACUCCCUGGAGAGUAGCCUCCUCCAGGCCCAACAGCUGGCCACGAAGCUGCAGAAGCAGCUGGAGGAGGAGGCCCGGAGCACAGGACUCGCUCGGCAAGCCUUGCAAGUGGAAAUGGAGCAGCUACAAAGUGACUGGGAGGUCCAGGAGAUGAAACUGCGGCAGGAUGCGGGGCGGCUCCAGCGACAGGUGGCACAGCAGGAGCGGGAGGCACAGCGGGCCCUGGAGAGUCAGGCGUCAGCUCACCGCGAGGCCCUGGCACAGCUCCAGAGGGAGAAGGAGACCCUGAGCCUGUCCCUGGCAGAGGAGAAGGAGGCAGCCAGAUGCCAGCUGGAGCAGGAGAAGGAGCUGGUGACAAAAAGUGCCGCCGAGAGGGAGGCUCUGAAGGGGGAAAUUCAGAGCCUGAAGCAGGAGCGGGACAAGAGCCUUCUCCAACUGGAGCACAGGAUGCAACAGCAAGCUUUCCCGGGACCUCUGCUCGGCCAGCUGACCAUUAUCCUAGGCGGCCGGUGCAGAGAAACUGAGCGGAGCGCUGCCUUUCCUCUCCAGUGGCAGGGAUGUACAGACAGGAACAUGAACAUGCUGUGUCCAGGGGAGCCUCUGCACUCAGCAUUCUGCCACAGCCUCUCCUUCGAGGGGGGCCUCAUCCCUCCCCCCAGCCUCCCCAACUUUCUCACAAGCAUACCCCGUCCUGUCCAGGCCCUGUCCCUGAAAGAAGCAGAGCGGAGCCUUCUGAGCGAGGAGCUCUCCAGGGCCAGGAGGGUGCUGGAGCGGGUACAGCAGGAGGCACAGAGCCAGCAGGAGCAAGCACAGGCCACCAUCAGCUCCACAGCCGAGGAGCUGAAGGCCCUCCAGGCCCAGUUUGAGGAUGCCAUCACGGCCCAUCAGAGGGAGACCACGGCCCUACGCAACAGCCUCCGGGACCUAGCGGCCGAGCGGGGCGAUGUGGAGAGAGAGGCUGAAAGGCUGUGGGCACAGCUGACCAUGGCCCAGGAGGAACUGGCCGCACUGCGCCAGGAGCUGCAGAGCAUCGAGGAGAGCCGGGAGGGGCUGCGCAGGGAGGCCCAGGAGGCCCGCCAGGCACUGAGCGACGAGGCCCGCGAGAAGGACGUACUGUUGCUUUUCAACAGCGAGCUGCGAGCCACCAUCUGCAGGGCGGAGCAGGAGAAGGCCAGUUUUAAGCAGUCCAAGGAGGAGAAGGAGCAGAAGCUGCUCGUCCUGGAGGAGGCCCGGGCGGCGUUGCAGCAGGAGGCCAGUGCACUGCGGGCCCGCCUGCGGGAGCUGGAGCAGGAGCGGGGGGACGCCCGUCAGGAGCUCCAGGAGCUCCACAGACAGGUGAGGACGCUAAAGGCUGAGUACCAGAGGAGGAGUGGAGAGGCCCAUGAGCUGCAGGUGCAAUGCUCGCAGGAGGUGCUGGAGCUGCGGAGGCAGGCAGCCAAGGCGGAGGCCAAGCACGAGGGUGCCCGGAAGGAGGUGGGAGGGCUGCCUGUGCUCAGAAGGGAAGGAGCUGGGUGUCGGGGAGCAGAGGGAGGAGGCCCACCCCACUUCCUCACUGUCCUGGGGCUGCAGAGGAAGUUGGCAGAGGUGGAGGCCACAGGGGAGGCCCAUGGACAGCGGCUCCAGGAGCACCUCCAGGAGAGCCGGGGGGCUGAGCAGACCCUCCGAGCAGAGCUGCAUCGUGUCACCAGGAAGCUGCAGGAAGCCAGCGGUGUGGCUGAUGCUCUCCAGGCUCGCCUGGACCAGGCCUGUCACCGAAUCCACAGCCUGGAGCAGGAGCUGGCCCAGGCUGAGGGUGCGAGGCGGGACGCGGAGGCCCAGCUGGGCCGGCUGUGCUCCACACUCCGCCGUGGCCUGGGGCUCUGGAGACAGAGCCCGUGGGUCUCCCCGGAGCAGCCUGGUUCCCCCACCAAAGGCUCCGACAGCUCCCAGGCUCUCCCUGGGCACCAGGGUGCCAGCCCCCCAGCUAGGCCCCACUCGCCCCUCCGAUGGCCCUCGCCCACACCCGGAGGCCGCAGCUCAGAGCUUGUGGAUGUGGCCACUGUGCAGGACGUCCUGCGGGACUUUGUGCAGAAGCUCCGGGAAGCCCAGCGGGAGCGGGACGACUCCCGUGUCCAGAUGGCCACCCUGAGCAGCCGGCUGAGCGAGGCGGAGUGCAGGUGUGCCCGGGCCCAGAGCCGUGUGGGGCAGCUACAGAAAGCCCUGGCUGAGGCGGAAGAAGGCCGGCGCCGGGUGGAGGGUGCUCUGAGCAGCGCCCGGGCAGCGCGUGCCCUGCAGAAGGAGGCGCUCCGCAGGCUGGAGACGGAGCACCUGGCGAGCGUGCGUGCAGCAGGCCAGGAGAAGCGGCGGCUGCAGGUGGGGCAGGCGGCAGGGUGGGUCCCAGGUGGGGCACAAAUCAAGGCCUCUUGGUCACCCUCACACCCUGCAGGGAAUUCCACAGGGUCGGGAGGUGGGAGAGAGGGUCUACCAACUUGGACAAUGCUCAGCACCAGGCCGCUUGAUGAGAGCAGGAGCCCACAUCAAGGCCUGGCCACAGAGGGGGAGCGCUGCUGGAGGAGCAGCUCACCAACUUGCAGCCACAGGUGCCAGGCAGGCGCUGAGGAUCGCUGGAGCGCCCUGCGACAGGUGCUCUGGCGACCACAGCAGCUCAGCGGGGGGCAGGAGGCCGCUGAGGCGCAGGCAGAGAGGCGUGUCCUGCAGGAGCAGACGGUGGCACUGCGCACCCAGCGGUCGCGUCUGCAGGGGGAGCUCGCGGCGCUGCGCGCUCAGCUUGCACAGACGGAGCAAGAGACACUGAAGAGGGAGGAGGAUGUGGUGAGGCUGGGGGCUGAGAAGGAGCAGCUGGACCAGUCUCUGAACAGCCUGCACAAGGAGGUGGAUGGAGUCCGGAGGCAAAAUCAUCAGCUGCAGGCCCAGAUGGUGGAGAUGGAACAGGCCCACACCCAGCAGCUCCAGGACCUGGCGGCCCAGCACCAGCGGGACCUGGCCACAGAGGCAGAGCGUCUGCACGGGGACCAGUCACAGGCCACACAGGCCCUGGAGUCCCAAGAAUGGACCCACCAGCAGCGGGUGAAGAUGCUGGAAGAGCAGGUGGCCGGCCUGAAGGAGCAAUUGGACCAGGAAAUGCAGCGGUGGCAACAGGCCCACCUCGACCAGGCCUUCUAGACAGGACAGUGAGGCCUGCUGCACACCACCCAGCAGCCUAGCCGCCUUCAGCCCUGACAGGCCUGCAGGGGGCCCUGGGGAAGGUGCUGGAGGCGCUGGGCUGCUGGGGGAACCACUGUUGGGAAAACCAAUGCCAUGUGCUCUGCACAAGAGAGACAAAGCUCAAAUGGGGUGGGCACGAUGCCAGCAGAAAGCACAGGGUGCAGGUAGCCACCAGCCAGGCUAACACUCACUCCUCAGGGUCCCCAGGCAGCGGCGCACUCUGAGCCCAUUGGCCACAGAGCUCCUCCGGCCCCUGGGGACUCAGCCUGCAGCUGGUGCUGGACCAUACUGUGGGUCGUUCAUCGCUGACAGCCCCGUCCCCUCCGGCAGAAAGCAGGGGCUUGGGCAUCCUCACACCCUACCCCCGCCUGGCGUCCUCACAGCCUGCCCCCGCCUGGCACUCCAUUUCCACUUUGGAGGAGCUGGUCUGGCCAGACCCCCGGGGCCAGGCCCUGUCAGGCUGGCUUCCCCGGCUUCAUUCCGUGCCCUCAGCUCUGUAAACACGGGAAAACACGUGGAAAACAUUUCCACCAACUGGAGCCAAAAACAUAAUGUCCUGUAAGGCCAGCCACCACAUCCCCACGCCCAGCGGCUGCGAGCCUCCGCAUCCAGGAACUGCGGCCGUCACGGUGGCAGGUGGCUGGAAGUGACUCAGAUUCAAGUCCCCGUGACUCACUGGCCGCCAGAAGCAGGGGAGUGUAACACUUAAAGCUGUUACAGAGCCUCCCAUGUUCCUGGCCUGGAAAUGCUGGGAACGGUCCUGCAGGAUUCCGGCCGGGUUGCUAUGGAGACCCAGGCGGCCAUCUUGGGCCUAUGGCAUGGGCCACCUGUGUCCAUCUGUGCUCCUCGUCUCCAUCACCAUUGCUCAGAGUGACUUGUUCUCCUCUCCAAAGGGCCGCAUGCUUUAUAGGUGGUCAUUUGUGAUAUCUGUGGGGCACCAGCCAGCCCAGUGAAUCCCUGCAUGUACCACAGGGGCCUCCCGCCCCGGCUGCAAGGACUCUGGCCUAGGGGUGCAAGGCCAGAGGCUCCCGGCCCCCACCCCAUCACAGUUACUGUGAGCCGCAGCUCCAUGUGCAGCAGUGUCUAUUUCAAGAUCACUCUGGGACUUAAAAUAGUCUGUCCUGGCACACCUGGUUUUCUGGUGGACUUAGUAAUGGAGUUACCAUAUGCUGUAAAUUGUGCAAAAUCAAUAGCUAAAGAGAGGUGGUCA